AUGGUGGACCGACAGAGGAGCGAUGGGGCGGACGAGCUGAGAGAACACGACGAUGGGCAGAGCUUGUUGGGCCGCGCGGAUUCAGACGCCGCCACUUGCGGCUGCAUUCCCGUCAUGCGCGUCGUGGCCGCACGGGAUGUCGAGAGGCAUGAUGGCGCCGUCGGCGGCCCACCAGACGGCGGCGCGAGAGACCGCGAAUCGUCUCACGCUCGGACGCCGGAUUUCGAACCCGCGGUUUCAUCAGAUUGCGAGACGCCGCGAGACGCGGUGGGUGCAGGAGCAGACAGAGCAUCAGGCAGUUCUGACUCGCCUCGAAGCGCGCGGCUCCCCACUGUUGCCGCGUCCGCGGGUGCGGAUUCACCGUGCGCGCGACCGCAGCCGUUGGAUGAUCCGCCGAGGAACGCCGCGGAGAUCGAUGGGUGCUGUGUGGGCGUCGCUAUCGAGCCACCUUCGCACGACGCAUCGGUUGCCGCGGAGCCGAAGCCGCCCGUGGCGAAGCUUCCUCGAACGUCCAUUGCCGAGCUCUCAGUCACGACGUACAGCUACAUCAGCCAUCGCGCGUUCGUGCGAGAGCUGAUCUGCUCCUGCUGCUCGCGCCACGCGCACACCUGCGCUGCUCGCACCAGCCGUCGUUGUAGGGGGUGUGACUGCAGCAGUGGCAGCAGCAGCACGAGGCACGGCGGCAGCAGCAGCAGGUUGGCGGGAUGGGCGGAAGAGGCUUUGGAUCGAGUGAGCAUCGUGCCGCAUCUGGCCACUUUCUCCAUCCUCGGGAUUGCCAUCCAGCAAGGCAUGGACCUGCUGUUUGGGCCGGAGGUGGCGCACGUGACGAGCGACGAGCAGGCCAUAUUCAUCGACCUGCCCGCCAACAUGGUGAGUCAGUGUUCGGUGCUGCCCAUCAUCUCCCUUGUCGUGGGGGCAGACACCGCCCACAACCUCCGCUCUCUCCACUCCUACCUCUCCCACCGCACCCCUUCCCCACACUCCACCCCCUCCCCUUCUCUCCUUCCAACCACCACUCCCACACUCCCUCCCUCCUCUUCUCCAAACCCCCCUUCGCCCUCACAUCCCCCCUCCCCCUCGCACCCCCCCUCCCCCACUCUCUCCCCACCAUCACCCGCUCGCCGCCACCUCAUCCCCAUGCUGCUGUGUGCGCUUGUCCUCUGGGCGGCGGCCAUCACCGGCGCCGUGCUCGCCGCCGCACACAGCGCCAGCCUGCAGGCCUUCUGCCUGGCCUGCGCGCUCGCCCCCCUGGGCACGUGCCUGCGCUGGUCCCUGCUGCCCCUCAACGGGGCUGGCCUCGGGCUGUGGUUCCACGGGGCCACUGGGAGGGGGAAGGGAGCGAGUGAAGCGGCUCGCAGUGGGGUUGGAGGGAAGAGGAAGUGGGAGGAGGGUGCGGGUGCAGCUGCAUGGAUGCCGUGGGGGACUCUUACAGUUAACGUGGGGGCUGCUGCUUUGGAAGCUGCAAUUUCAGUGGUGUAUGUCGCGGUAUCCCUCGCGACGCUCGUCGCAGCGCUCGCCGCCCUUGCUCCCGCUAGCGCCACCACGUACCGCUCCACGUUCAGCGACGGGAUUAACUCCGGCGGCGGCGCGUGCAACUACGAGGGCAACUUCCGCGAGUCGGAAUAUUUCUACAAGGGGCUGACCGCGUACCUGCCCCAAAAUAAGUACGACGGCGGCAAGGGCUGCGGCACGUGCUACGAGAUCGAGUGCAAGAGCCACAAGAGCUGCCGAAGCGGCAGCGUGAUCGUGCGCGCGACCGGCCGGCACGGAGACGACCAAUUCCUCCUCGCCUCCACCGCGUGGGACAAAAUCGUCCGCGGCCGCGACGCGGGGAACGUGGAGAUUAAGUUCCGCAGCGUCGACUGCCCGAAGAACGGCGACAUCGGAGUGAAGAUCAUGUCUGGGACGAACCAAUACUGGUUCGCGGUCCAGAUUCUGGGCGCCGCGAAAGCCGGCGGCGUGGAGGGAGUGGAGCUAUCGAAGGACGGCAAGAAGUGGAGCAAGAUGAAGCGGCUCGCGGAGAGCGCCACGUGGGCCUUGGAUCCCGCGAAGGAGAUCGUGGAUGCGGGGAAGAAGGUGAGUGUGCGCGUCACGGCGGUGGGCGGCGCGCGCGUGGAGCUGAAGGACGUCAUUCCCGAGAAGUGGACCGUUGGGAACACAUACAAGAGCAGCACCAACUUCUAG